AGUGAAAGGACCAUCGUGGCUCAGGCUGCCAGCUGCUCUCCUGUCUCGGUGAUGGUUAAUGAGAUUAGCAGUCCGUCUUAGCCUGCGUCAGUGCAAAGGGGUCAAUCACUGGAUUAUCAUCUUGCUUAAGAGUUACAUCAGUUUAAUAUACUUUUUUCUUUAUUGCUUUCACUUUCCAAAGCAUGUUCAGCACGUACAAUUGCACUUUAUCCGCAGAUAGGGGUGCUUCGCUCUGCAACAUGCUUCGCCUCGGGACCGAGCGUGUCCAGGCUCUCGGGCGCUGAAUGAGGCAUCUUCCAGGGAGAGAAGAGGAGCCAGGGCAGCUGGAGAAGUGAAGGGCAGUGGGGCCGAGAUCUCGCCUGCUGUGGCAGAGUCUGAGACUCUGUGCGAAUCAUCCCCAUGCCACUUGUAAAUAACAAAGUUGGCGAUGAUUGCACGGCGAGCGGAGACAAGGCUUUGGCCGAUGGAAAGGCGCUGGUGGACUCGUUGAUAAAGGUUGUAGCUUGCUACAGGCAUUUAGCCUCAUGCGUGGGUGGUUGCACAGACAGCCUGCAGCUCCGCGAUGAGUUGAGGCAAACGAGAGAAAAGGCCCAAAAUUUGGCUGGGGACAUCUGCCACCACCUGACCUCACACCUCAGGGACAAGAGCCUGCCCGAUGGACAGCGCAAGGAGAUGGAGCUCCUCUGGGUGGCCUUCUCCUCAUGCCUGGAGCUGCUGCACGUUGACAUGUGCAAAGUUUUGAACAUCAGCGGCAUUGUCUCGUUAGCUGACUCUGCAUCACUUGUGCAUACUGGCCUGGAAGGAGGAUGCAGUGACGUAGCGGCCCGGGCCCUGAGUUUGCCCGACCUGAACCAGGCUCAGACAGAUUCCCUCCCUUCCGGCCUCGAGAGCCAGGAGCGCAGUACCAUGGAGCUGGAAAUCAGUCAGAUUGACCGCAUGAUCGACGACAUGGAGAUGAAAGUCAAUGUGCUGCGUUGGAUGGUGGAGCCCCACGGGCCGCAGUACGCAGACCCCCUCAGCAGCACUGACAGCGUCUCCAUGGCUGUGCAGUCCAUAGACGAGGAGCAGCAGGCCCCCACAUCACAGCCCCUGUGCCAGCGGAGCCACAUAUUUGUGCUCUUACUGCUGGUUGGUGUUUUUUUCGUAGCGGCCACUUUAUCUCUCUGUAUUUUCUUUUUCUCAUGAGCAAGACCUUAAGAAAUUUAAAUUGAUCAUCUUUUUCUGAAAGUGAAGAAAAAUUACUUAUUUGUUUAAACAGUGUACCAGACUUAAUCCAGCUGCAAGCUAGUAUACAAUUUUUUACACUACAUCUAACUAAAUGCUUUGAUUUUAAAGUAUGCCAAUUAGGACUUGAUUCAUAAUCUGAAAUUGAGUGUAGUCCAGAUGGUGAAUUUUCCUUUUGUUCUCUGCUCUCUGAAUUUAUCAGUAACAGGUUGGAAAAAUCAAAUGGAUCGCCUCCUGAAGUUGGAUGUCCCUGAACAACCCUGAACAUAUCACUAUUAACUUGUUAAAUCAAUAACAAAUUCAUGUAGCAUUAUCACAUUUUUUGUAAAAAUAUUCCUCUAGGGCCAAAAUGAAAUCCUCAAUUAUUGCUAGCUUGCAAGACCAAUGACUGUUAGCUUGCAUGGCUAAAGGCUGUUAGCCUAGUUAUUAAAACUACAUUCUAUUUGUUCUCAAGUUAGAGACUGAAAAACAAAAUCAAGAUCAUCCUUAAAAUCUGAAUUUGUUUGUCUCUAACAGUUAAAAAUGCAACAUAUCUUCCAUGGAUGAGUGAAUUUGUGGCGAUUGCGUAAAGCUAGCUAUUGAUAACUUUUGACAGUUUGUGUCUUGUUAAACCUUUGGUGCACAUAGAGCUAUGAAAAUCUAUUUUUCCGAACAUGUCCUUUCAAUGUUUUGAACACAUUAAAUGAAGAGAAACACAUGA